GCGAGAGCCGACAACAGCACGGCAGGUGAGGUGGGCUUCUGAACAAAAACCAUGCCCAGAGUAUAAAUCGGCAGUUGUGUCCCUGACUACACCUUUAACACAAGAGUAUCCCCCCCUUCUUUGCGAGGUAGUAGGAUACAGGCAUGAAAUGAGAUAGCAUUAUCGGUUGAGGACACUGCGUUCGCAAAGGCUGGGAAACCUUGAAAUUCUGAGCCCAUUUGGGGGUGCUCUUCCAUCUUCAACUUCUGCCUCGCGAAUCAUGGCGGACUUUGACCUGGGUGCGGCCUUCAUACCUGCUCUCCACAAACCGGCAGAGCUUUUGCCGAUUGCGAAGCAUCGCGAGGCCCUUCUGUAUCUCGUCGAAACGUCACCCGUCACCAUCGUUGUAGGCCAAACGGGGUCGGGCAAAAGCACCCAGAUUCCCCAGUUUCUUGAACGUGCUGGCUGGUGCGCCGAUGGCAAAAUCAUUGGCAUUACUCAGCCUCGCCGUGUCGCUGCCACGACAGUAGCUCUCAGAGUCGCCGAAGAGUUCGGGUGCGAGGUGGGUAAAGAGGUUGGCUAUUCGAUACGCUUCGAGGAUGUCACGUCCGGGAGCACCCGCAUCAAGUUCCUCACCGACGGCCUCCUGAUCCGGGAGGCCCUUGUCGAUCCUCUGCUCUCCCGUUACUCCGUGAUUAUGGUGGAUGAAGCUCAUGAAAGGUCCAUCAGUUCCGACAUCUUGCUGGGUUUGUUGAAGAAGAUCCGCAAGAAGCGGCCAGACCUGAGAAUCAUCAUCAGUAGCGCGACUCUCCAGGCCGAAGACUUCCGCAACUUCUUCUCAGAGCCCAAGGAGCAAAAGGAGGGCCCGGAUGGCAAACAGAACGACGAUAUUGCGUCCAUUAUCAGUCUGGAAGGCAGGACUUACCCGAUCGACAUACUUUAUCUCGAGACCCCGACGGAGAAUUAUCUCGAAAAAGCAAUCUCAACCGUCUUCGAAAUCCAUACAAACGAACCAAAAGGCGACAUCCUCGUCUUUUUGACCGGAAGAGAGGAGAUUGACCAGGCUGUUCAGGCCGUCGCAGAACGCUCGGCGCAGCUGCGCGCCGGAUCUCAAUCCAUCCUUCCCCUGCCGCUCUAUGCCGGUCUCCCUGCAGAUCAGCAGAUGUACGUCUUCGAGGAAGCACCCGAGAACUUUCGAAAGGUCAUAUUCUCGACAAACGUCUCUGAGGCGUCCGUGACAAUAGAUGGCAUCGUCUACGUCGUCGACUCCGGUUUCGUCAAGCUUCGGGCAUACAACCCGAGAACAGGCAUCGAGAGCCUGACCGUAACACCGGUCUCUAAGGCUUCGGCAGCACAGCGCGCAGGGCGUGCCGGUCGAACAAAACCCGGCAAGUGCUUCCGGCUGUACACCGAAGAAACAUACCAAAGCCUCCCCGAUUCUACUGUCCCAGAGAUACAGCGUUCAAAUCUCGCACCGUUCAUUCUCCAGCUCAAAGCCCUGGGCAUCGAUAACGUCCUAAGGUUUGACUUCCUGACGCCUCCGCCGGCCGAAUUGAUGAUCAGAGCGCUCGAGCUGCUCUACUCGCUCGGCGCACUGGACGACUAUGCCAAGCUCACCAGGCCUCUCGGGCUACGAAUGGCUGAGCUAGCCGUGGAGCCAAUGAUGGCGAAAACAUUGCUCUCGGCUCCGUCUUUCGGCUGCUUGAGCGAGAUAUUGACGAUAGCAGCCAUGACCAGCCUUGGCGGAAACAUCUGGAUCCAGCACGAAGGGGAAAAGAAAAAGACAGAGUCCGCCAGGUGGAAGUUUGCCGCUGAGGAAGGGGAUCAUCUUACACUUCUGAACGUCUACCAGGCUUUUGUGACUAAGGGGCGGAAAGAAUCCCGUUUCUGUCACGAGAACCUCCUCAAUUUCAAGCUCAUGGAGCGGGCGGUCAGCAUCCGUGCCCAGCUGAAGCGGUACCUUGAACGAUUUGGCAUCAAUGUCGACGAGUCGCUCGCGCCGCACUCGACCUCGGCGCCGGCAAGUAACAAAGCGGAGCAGAUCCGGCGGUGUCUGACAGCGGGCUACUUUGCGCAUGCCGCGAGGAUGCAGCCAGACGGGACCUUCCGCAAUGUCUCGGGAACGACGGUGCUCCACGCCCAUCCGAGCUCCAUCAUGUUUAACCGCAAGGCGGACUGGGUCAUUUUCCACGAGGUCGUGGAGACCGGGAACAAGACGUUUAUACGGGACAUUAGCCGGAUCGAAAAGGCCUGGCUACUCGAGUACGCGCCGGAAUUCUACAAAAGCAGCUGAGGUCGCCGGCUUGGUGUCGUGUAGGCUGCGCCCGGAUCGAGCCGGAGAAAUUUCAGGCUCCGCAGUUGCUGCUUUCCUCCCGAAUCACCAUCGGCCGG